UUCUAUGACAGCUAUGUUACAGUUCAGUUACCUAGGAAACGCGUUCACUUACUCAGACCAUCGAUAGAUAGCGAAAGAGCAACACCUUUUACAGCGUUUUGUAGCGAAAUUUGUUGAUAUUAGCAGUGUUUAGCAGCGUUUAACAGUUUUAUCAGCAUUUUCCCAGUGUUUCACAGCAUUUUAACAGCAUUUUGCAGUGUUUUAGCAGCAUUUUAGCAGCAUUUCACAGUGUUUUAACAGCAUUUUAACAGAGUUUUAGCAGCAUUUUAACAGCUUUUUGUGUGAAACCAAAAUGGCUGCACUGUAUGUUAGAGAUCUUGACCCAGCAGUGACAGAGGAGAUGCUUGCGUGGAGAUUCAGUCCUGCAGGACAAAUUCACUCCAUCCGUCUCUGCAGGGACAGAUAUACCGGCUCCUCACUCGGCUGUGCCUACGUUAACUUCUGGCAUCGAGGCGACGCUGAGCGAGCCAUCGAUAUGUUUCAUUUCGAGCUCCUUCUGGAGAGGCCCAUGCAGGUGAUGUGGUCUCAGUGGGAAACGACCUGGAGAAACCAGGAAGUAGGAAAAAUCAUCCUGAAGAACCUGGACAAGUCCAUCGACAACCUGGCCCUUUACGACACCUUCUCAUACUGCGGGAGGAUCCUGUCGUGCAAGGUUGUGAACAACGAGUCUGGGUCCAAUGGCUGUGGCUACAUUCAGUUUGAGACUGCAGAGGCAGCGGAAUUGGUCAUUGAGCGUUUCAACGGCAAACUGUUGAAUGGCACCCAAGUGACCAUUGAACACUUCAAGACUCCUGAGCAGCGUGAGGCUGAGAAGAAGGAGAAGAAGGAGAAGAAGGAGAAGAAGGAGAAGAAGGAGAAGGAGAGAGACCAGGCUAAUGUAGAGAGACAGACUCAGCUCAGGAAGAAGACUGAGCAGGUAAACACACGUAACACACACACACACGCACACACACACAGACACACACACACACACGAGAUACUAACUCUUCUUUCUCUGCUCCAGAAUCUGAAUCUCUACGUAAAGAACCUAGAUUGCAGCGUGGAUGAUGAGCGUCUGUACACGGCCUUCUCUCCGUUCGGCACCAUCAAGAGUGCAAAGGUCAUGAUGAAAAACGGCCGCUCCACGGGGUUUGGCUUCGUGUGCUUCGAGUCAUCCGAGGAAGCCAUGAUCGCCAUUCAGGAGAUGAAUGGCAGGUUGUUGUGCGGGAAACCUUUGUACGUCGGCGUGGCUCAAAGGAAAGAGGAACGCCAGGCUUACCUCACCCGCCUGCACAACAUCCCUGCACUGGUUCAUCAGCAGACCAGAAGCACCGAAAAUCCAUCAAGCAGUCAGGUGCCAUGUGCCAGUGACGACUGCACUAAAGUGUCUACACCAACAUCUGUAGACACUGCUCCAGUACCAUCUGUGGAGCAACAUCCAGCUGUGGACAGUGUCCCAGCUGUUGAAACCAUUCAGUCUGUGGACAGUGUCUCAGCUGUUGAAACCGUUCAGUCUAUGGACAUUGUCCCAGCUGUUGAGGAGCUUCCAUCAGAGGACAGUGUCCCAGUUGUUGAGACAGCUCAACCAGUGGACACUGUCCCAGUCCUCGAGAACUCGCCAUCAGAGGAGAGUGUUCCAGUCCUCGAGACACCACCAGCUGUAGUUACAACUCCAGCAGAAGUUCCAGCUGCACAAGACGUCCCAGAGACAACUCCAGCACCUUCUACGUCUGAGGCAUCAGUGGACAAAGUCCAGCCGGACACAAAAGGUCUGAAUCUCUACGUAAAGAACCUAGAUUGCAGCGUGGAUGAUGAGCGUCUGUACGCGGCCUUCUCUCCGUUCGGCACCAUCAAGAGUGCAAAGGUCAUGAUGAAAAACGGCCGCUCCAGGAGGUUUGGCUUCGUGUGCUUCGAGUCAUCCGAGGAAGCCAUGAUCGCCAUUCAGGAGAUGAAUGGCAGGUUGUUGUGCGGGAAACCUUUGUACGUCGGCGUGGCUCAAAGGAAAGAGGAACGCCAGGCUUACCUCGCCCGCCUGCACAACAUCCCUGCACUGGUUCAUCAGCAGACCAGAAGCACCGAAAGUCCAUCUGUGGAGCAACAUCCAGCUGUGGACAGAGUCCCAGCUGUUGAAACUGUUCAGUCUAUGGACAGUGUCCCAGCUGUUGAGGAGCUUCCAUCAGAGGACAGUGUCCCAGUUGUUGAGACAGCUCAACCAGUGGACACUGUCCCAGUCCUCGAGAACUCGCCAUCAGAGGAGGGUGUUCCAGUCCUCGAGACACCACCAGCUGUAGUUACAACUCCAGCAGAAGUUCCAGCUGCACAAGACGUCCCAGAGACAACUCCAGCAGAAUUUCCAGCUGCACAAGACGUCCCAGAGACAACUCCAGCAGAAUUUCCAGCUGCACAAGACGUCCCAGAGACAACUCCAGCAGAAGUUCCAGCUGCACAAGACGUCCCAGAGACAACUCCAGCAGAAGUUCCAGCUGCACAAGACGUCCCAGAGACAACUCCAGCAGAAGUUCCAGCUGCACAAGACGUCCCAGAGACAACUCCAGCAGAAGUUCCAGCUGCACAAGACGUCCCAGAGACAACUCCAGCAGAAGUUCCAGCUGCACAAGACGUCCCAGAGACAACCCCAGCAGAAGUUCCAGCUGCACAAGAUGUCCCAGAGACAACUCCAGCAGAUGUUCCAGCUGCACAAGACGUCCCAGAGACAACUCCAGCAGAAGUUCCAGCUGCACAAGACGUCCCAGAGACAACUCCAGCAGAAGUUCCAGCUGCACAAGACGUCCCAGAGACAACCCCAGCAGAAGUUCCAGCUGCACAAGAUGUCCCAGAGACAACUCCAGCAGAUGUUCCAGCUGCACAAGACGUCCCAGAGACAACUCCGGCACCUUCUACAUCUGAGGCAUCAGUGGACAAAUUCCAGCCGGACACAAAAGUGAAUGAAAUGGACGCUCUCCUGAAGGCGAGAGAAGCUGGUUACAAGCCGGAAGUUCUAAAGAGAACCUCUAACACCAAGAACAACAAGAAGAAGAAGAAGAGGAAGAACAAGAAUAGAAAUAAGAUGAAGAUGAAGAUGAGUAAACGGCUGAGUUGGAUACAGAAGGAAGGUUCAGCUGAUGCAGGGACUUUAGCAUUAACUGCUCCACUUCAUCCAGACACAAUCUCACUGGCAUUGUUCCACUCAUCUGCUGCUCAGGAUCGCUGA